AUGACUAAUUAAUUAGGAGUAGGUUUUGGUGCCUACAAAUUCCAAACUAUCAUAAACAGUGAAAUGAGGGUAACCAAAGAUUCUGUUCAUCGCACUCGAAUCUAAACAGAAUCAAGAAAAUCAAUAUAAGAUAAGUGUAAAUACUAAUUCCAAAAUGCAAAGAAAAAAAUUAUUCAAAAGCUUUAAGAUCCUAAUGAAAGAGAACGUUUUAACACUCUCAUUCAAGUAGACAAAGAUUCUGAUGAUAGUCUAUCUGGUGAUCCAGAAAAUUAAGCUGCUUAUUUACUUUAAUAAAAAAAGAAAAAAGAAAAAGAAUUUGAACUUUAUGUUUCAGAAUCCAGCAGUUUCAGUGGAAUUGAUUCUGAUGAUAGUCUUAAUGAACCUAAUUAAGAAGUUAUCAAGAAGUCUCAAAUAUAUGAGGAAGAAAAUAAAUUAGCAAGUUAAAAUCUUAAAGCUUUAAAUACUCCUACUAUUCUUAAAUCCCCUCAAAUUUCUUCAGUAAAAUAUUUAUUUAAUUCUCAUCUUAGUCAAGAGCAUAAGUUGCUUUGUAGAAAGUCAAAGCAAUGAAGAAUACUAGAUACCCAGUAGUUAAAAAAGACAUUGAUUUCUUAAGAAGCUUAUGUUAAAAUUAGAACUUUUUUAAUAAUGAAAAAGCUAUUUUAGAAGAGUAUAAAUUAGACAAAGAAAUUUGUGUUGAUAUGGAUUGCUAAGACAUUGUUACAUUCAUGAGACUUCAACAUGAAGUUGAAGAAAUGAGAAGAAAACAAACUGAAUUUAAUACUCAAAAAGAAAGACAUUAUGAAGUAACUAAAAAUCUCCCUAAAAAAUCAAUCAAUAAAUCAAAUACUAAAGCCGAAGACAAUGGAUUUUGCACUGUCAUGAUGGCCAAAAGGUUUAUUAAAACUUUGAAAUUAAAAGUUGAGUAAAAACAACCAAAACCACCCAUUUAGGCUAUUAAUCUUCUUAGAAAAAGCACAAGAGGUUCAACUUUAAAGACUUAAUUUUGA